GUGUGUGUUGGGGGGAUUCUUGACAGGCAACGGCAAAUGAGUUUUGUUUUUGUUUUUUGCAGAAAUUUCGCAGAUAAAUUGAUUUAUCGUCCGGGUUUUCUUUUUUUCUUCUAUGCUGAGUCGUCAGGCAAUAUGGAGCUUGUUUGGAUGUGACAAAUGUUUGUUUGGCGUCCCCGUGCUGUGCGUGGAUUAACUAACUGAAGACUGGCAUCAGGAGCAACGCUGCACUGUCAAUUUGAUGGUUAAUUUGUGGAUUACUACCGUUUAUUCCGUGUGUAUUUUUUUUACCGUUGAGUUGAUUAGUUAGGAGACAUUUUUAAGAAGAGUUUUAAAUGUAGUCUGUUUUGGUCCGGAUCGGUGGACACUUGUUGAAAUCCGAAUUGUUGAGCAAACCUUUGCUCGCCAACUCGGUUUAUUAUUAAAGAGACACUGAUAACAAUGUUAAUCACUUUAUUUGACGUUAAUAGUCGCUGGCCGAAGUCGCUUGUGGCCCAUCUAUCCCCGGCGUUUGACUAAACUGGGAACUGUUGCAGAUUUGCGUUCGCCAGAAUUGUCGAGAUGACACCGACGACAGCUUGAAGCUAAAACUAGCUAGCCGCGGCUGUCCUCCUCUACGACAACCUGUAGCCCCGAAGCGCUACGUUAGCUAACCGCUAACGUCAUGAGAAUGCUAGUUAACGCCAGACUCAAACAAGUAGUUCCCCGGCGAAAUGCCAACAGUAAAUCCCGGUAUUCCGGCACGCAAGUUUAAAUAGCACGGUAUUUUGCUUGCAAGUUAUACGCAAGUUUUUAAGUCCGUGGACGCCAUUCGCUUUUUUUCUUCUUACAACUGCGGUGUUUAUCUCGCCGACUUAAGCUAGCGGGCGGCAGAGGAGAACUUCAUUAAAAGGGGGGUGGGGGGCAGCUUUAGCUUUAGCCGCACGGGCGACGAACAAACCUCGUUUAUUCAGAUACACAACACAACUCUGCGGGGCUUCAUCUCCAGGCUAAUUUAGGCCGAGGCAGCUAUGUGACACGUUUUGUUUCAGACCCUGAUGGAUUUCGACGAGACGUCACCCGAGUGCGGCAGAAAAUCAGACUCUUGAGUGGACGUUUUUGUUUUCUAAAGUAGCCGAAGUUUCCAAACUGCGGCCCACAAUGUCCGGAUCCCCGGGCACAGGCGGCUCCAACCCGAGGAAGUUCAGCGAGAAGAUCGCGCUGCACAACCAGAAGCAAGCGGAGGAGACGCGGGCCUUCGAACAGCUUAUGACAGACCUGACUGUUUCCAGGGUGCAGUUUCAGAAGAUCCAGCAACUGCGUCUGUCACAGUCCAGGAAUCAGUACUAUGGAGGCUCUCUGCCCAAUGUCAACCAGAUUGACCAUGCCAGCAUGGACUUCCAGGGGGGCUUCCCUGUUGGACUGGACUCAGUCAGAGGGACACGUCACCACGGACUGGUGGAGAGGGUCCACCGAGACCGGAACCGCAUCAACUCCCCCCAUCGCCGACCCGUCGACAAGCACGGACGGCAGAUGGAGAGUUCCCCAUACGGAGCAGUGUACCUGUCCCCACCACCGGACAAUAACUGGAGAAGGGAACAGCAGCCGUGGACUGAGGAAAAACGCCCCGGGUUUAGAUUAAUAUCACAACUCAACAGAACCAACUCAGACUCUGCUCUCCACACCAGCGCAAUGAACCCAAACCCACAGGACCCUUUCGGCAUGAGUCAGCAGAUGGGUCGAGGUCUUCCUCAGCGCAAUGCAAGUGUGAAUGAGGCGGAGGUAGAAGGUUCUGGAGAUGUCUUCUCCUUCUCCACCCUGCCUAAUGAGGAAAGACUGAUAGGUGUCAGCAAGCCUCUGCCCAAGCAGCUCUGGGAGGCUAAGAAGGUUCAGUCCCUUGCCUCACGUCCUAAAUCCUGUGAAGUGCCUGGAAUCAACAUUUUCCCAUCACCGGAGCAGAACCUCGGCCUGCCCCACUACCAGGGCUCACUCAACACGGGUGGUUCUCUACCGGAUCUCAGUAACCUGCACUUCCCCUCGCCCCUCUCCACACCACUGGACCCUGAUGACAACGGAGGCUACCCCAACCUCAGCGGGGGCAGCAGCACAGGGAACCUGCCUGCAGCCAUGAUGCACCUGGGCAUUGGCAACUCACAAGGUCUCUCUUCUUCUCUGAGUAACCCCUCCAUCCAAGCAUCCCUAACCAACUCUCAGCUGCACUCAUCCCUCAGCAAUCCUUCCAUCCACUCGUCCCUGCGUCUGUCUUCUUUGUCCAGCCCUCCUCCUGGGGGCAUCACCAACUCCCCCCGCCGACGGCCUGCUCCCAUCAGUCCCCUCACCCUGUCACCGGGCGCAGAGCAGCGCAGGGGUCUCGCCAAGCAGCUGUCUCCCACCAUGUCGCCCUCACUGUCCCCCAUCACACAGGGGGUUGCCUUGGAUACCAGCAAUAUGCCCAUGGAGCCCCCACCUCCCUAUCCCCUGUACCAGCAGUCCCAGCAUGCAGUGGGGCAGGGGCAGCAGAGACAACAGCAACACCCUGUUUCUCCCCUUCAGAAUCUGCCCCUGGACUUUAAUUCCAGUUCACACAUCAACAUGGCUGGUUUCUUCAGCGAUCCCUUCAUGGAGGCCCAGUUCUCCAACCAACACGCCAAGGCAAUACCCUAUCAGUUGGACCAGUUCAGCCUCUUGGAAAAUGCGAUGAGCUCAACAGCAGUGGCUUCCUGUUUUGAUGCCCCUGCCUCAUCCUCAGCGUCUUCCUCUCUCUACUGCUCCCAGGCUGCCCUCUCUGGGCUUGCUGGUAGCCAUGGCAGCCUGCAGGACCCCCUCCAGAUGCGGUCCAAUAUGCUAUACUCCAACUGCAGUGGCGGGGUGCCAAACAUCAUCCUGACUGAUGACUCCAACCCCAGUCUGUCAAAAGACAUCAGUGGCGUGCUCUCCGCUGUUCCAGAAUGUUUUGGUUCGGAGGGAGGCUUCCCAUUAGAGGAUGAACUACACAUAGAACCCUUGAGCUUGGAUGGUCUGAGCAUGCUCAGUGAUCCAGACAUGGUAUUGCCAGACCCAUCGGUGGAAGACACCUUCCGCAGCGACAGACUUUGAACAAGCCUACCAACACACAAACCUACAGUAUAUGGAGAGUACAAAUCCAAAUAUGCAUGCAGACAAUCACCCUCUAAGGCCACUGUCACCAAGAUUCAAUAAAUGUGAAACAAACUUUAUAACAUGUACACAUUUAUGCAUACAAGCUCUCGCACACGCUUUUUCAGAGAGAGACUUGUGAGCACCGUUUACACACACUUAAUGCAAAGUUACCCCACUCAAUCACUCUAAUAUUUGUGUCCAGUUAUCUUGUAAGAGUUAGACCGGUGUAUCUUAUUGCGAGUUGACCACAUAAACAAUACCAGCUCUGACGGCUUACUCAGUUUAGGUUGGAAUAACUCUUACCAUGAACUCUCAAAUACCCUCUGAGGUCAUGUGACCUUCAGCAGUGGAACAAGAGCAUUUACAGUGGGGGGAGGGCAAAUGCAUUUUUUUUUUACCCCUUAGUGACCAAUUCAGGGGUCCCGGAGCUCUGUAACAUUCUCCUGAGAUGCGAGUUGAAAUUUUCCUUUGCUGGCCACUUGUUCACGCAUUUCCUCAGCCUCCCACAGAACCCGGUUACCUGUUCACUGUGGUUACAGAUGCCCUAGCAAUCCCUACCACCAUGCUGACUAUUACUAGGAAUGUCAGCAUGCACUGUCCUGCGCUAACACCAGCCACCUGCGUCCAAACCAGUGGAAACACAGAGCACUUUUACAGUCCUUGUAAAGUUAUCCCAUUUGGUGUGGAAAACUCCAGUCCCUGGAAUCCAGUUUGACAUUGAAAAGCCAGUCGAACCAAGGCUACUAAUGUGCCCUGCAUGAUCUUCAACUAUCAUGGUUGAUCUGAA